AUGUCCAAUCCCAACAAAUCUCCAGGUCCUGAACCUACAGCGGACGAGUCUACGCCAACAACAUUAACCGAGAACACAACCCCCUACAAUGCCAAAGCCGAGGUUCUCAAUCGCGCGAUCCAAGAAAUCGGCAUGGGUCGCUACCAAUGGCAACUAUUUAUCGUAAUUGGUUUCGGCUGGGCAAGCGACAACCUCUGGCCGAUCGUAAUAUCCCUCAUUCUCGCCCCAGUGGCAUACGAAUUCCAGAUCAGCAAGGAGGCACUCCUGACACUCGCCCAGAAUAUCGGACUUCUAGUCGGUGCCAUUUUCUGGGGGUUCGGAUGCGAUAUCUUCGGUCGGACAUGGGCUUUCAACCUCACUAUAGGCGUGACGGCGGGGUCGCCGAAUUAUGGCGUCGUUUGUACAUUUGCUGCAUUGUGGUCUUUCGGCGUGGGAGGGAAUUUACCAGUAGAUUCUGCUAUUUUCUCGGAGUUUCUGCCUGGGUCGCAUCAAUUUUUGUUGACUAUUCUAUCGAUUGAGUGGGCAUUUGCGCAGGUUCUGGCUACCCUUACUGCGUGGCCGUUGUUGGGGGAUUUGACAUGUUCUCAGGCGGACGGGUGUACUAGGGAAAAGAAUAUGGGGUGGAGGUAUUUUACGAUCGCGAUGGGUGGAUUGGCGAUGGUUAUGUUUGUUGGUCGCUAUCUCUUUUUCACUAUCUAUGAAUCGCCGAAGUAUUUGAUGGGAAAAGGACGAAAUGGGGAUGCAGUGGAUGUGAUUCAUGAAGUGGCGCGACGGAAUGGGAAGACUUCGUCUCUGACCCGUGAGGAGCUUGAUGAGUUGGAUCAGGAAGAUCAAUCAGGAAAUCAAACGGGCAUUGUUCGACAAAGAUUGGAGAAGCUAAAUCUUGAACACGUUCGCGCAUUGUUCGAUAGUCCGAAACGAGCUUACUCCACGACGUUGAUCAUGCUAAUCUGGGCUUUCAUUGGGCUGGGAUAUCCUCUCUACAAUGCCUUUAUCCCAUAUAUCACCGCCCAGCGUGGUGCACAGUAUGGCGACAGAUCAACAUACAUCACCUACCGCAACGCACUGAUCAUCGCCGUCAUGGGCGUUCCAGGAUGCCUUCUCGGCGGCAUACUAGUUGAACUCCCACGAUUUGGACGAAGAGGGGCUCUUUCCACCUCUACCACAUUAACAGGUGUCUUUCUCCUUGUAUCCACUACAGCAUCCACAUCCAAUGCUCUGCUCGGAUGGAACUGCGCGUUUAGCUUCAUGAGCAGUCUGAUGUACGCUGUGCUUUACGCUUAUACCCCGGAGAUCUUCCUCACCAAGGACCGUGGUACAGGGAAUGCUAUGACUGCGUCGGCGAAUCGGGUGUUUGGUAUCAUGUCGCCCAUCAUUGCCAUGUUUGCCAAUCUAGAGACUGCCGCCCCGGUCUAUGUUAGUGGUGCCCUUUUUCUCACAGCCGGGAAACUGGUGGUCUUGAUGCCAUAUGAGUCCCAAGGAAAAGCCAGUCUGUGA